UGAACGUCCGAAAUGGGAAUUUGGGCCAAGCGUCAAAGGCGAUUUCGGCACUCUUUAUUUUUUCUUCCAUAUCUUUUUUAUUUUCUCUUCUGCUUUUGCGUACCUCCUUAAUCUCUUCUUCCUUUCUUCUCUAAUCUCUGCCAAGGACUCACGAUGGAAACAGCUCUCUCGUCUGCUCCUGUGUCAGAUCAUAUAAUCUUCUUUAUACAUGGUAUGGGCCAGCAGUAUGAGGAAUUUGGCAACUUGAAAAUACACGUCGCCACCCUUCAAAAGAACACUGAAGACCUUUUGGCUUCGUAUUACCCAGAUCGCUUGGUUCGUGUGAAGUAUAUACCUAUCGAGUGGCAUAGUGUUGUACAUAAACUUGUCGAUGGCAAAAUGGACUUAACAACGCUGGGAACCGUGCCCAAAGUUCGCCUGGUCACCAAUCAUUGGGUUAUGGAUUGUCUUUACUAUUUUACAAAACCUCACGGACAACGCAUUAUUGACACCAUUUGUGAGCAAUGCAAUGAUGCAUACGAAAAUCACAUUGUAGAGUUUCCCGACUUUGUCAGUAACAAAGGUCAAGUUCAUAUGAUGGGAUGCUCACUAGGAGGAAUCGCAGCAUUUGAUAUUUUAGCUCAGCAAUGGAACGAAGAGGAUGGUAGACCGCCUUGGGAAUCAGUGGAGGAGCAAGGUCUUGUUAUUCGAAAACCCGAAAUCAAUGUGCCAAAGCUGAAUUUCAAUGUUAGCUCACUGUUUACCUGUGGAAGUCCCGUAGCGGCUACUCUUGUACUUCGUGGCCUGGACUUCCUUUACUACCGACCUCCACUGCGAACUAAAGUGUUGAAUGUGUUCCAUCCAUUUGAUCCGCUGGGUUAUCGGAUAGAGCCGAUGAUAAACAAGACAUAUGUCGACAUCCAGCCCGUUCGAAUCCAUAAACUUCAACGGCGCAGAAUCCUACCCGUGCCGUUACCAAAAAUACCUAAUUUGGGCAUUAAAUCAUCCAUUGCUGGAGCGGCCCCUCUUAUCAUGAGAGCGCGCCGAACUUUCCUGCGCUACAUGAUGACAUCAGAAGGAACCCUUAUCAUGGACAAAAACAUUACGGAACGCACGGUGCUUGAUGCCAAGGGACAGAGCAUCAUGGAGGAUGAACGCCAUAUCAAGAGUGCCGAAGAAUUGCCAUACGAAAGCCGAACCUCGGUUGAUCUUUUACAAGACACUGGCCACGACGAUGACGAGGAAGAUAAAAAUUCCGAUGUCCGACGGUAUGAUAGUGCUCCCGAAGCCGAAGCAACGCCAGAGCGACCUUACAUGAGCCGAAGAAUUUCAACACGACAUAAAACAACCGUACAUCGUCGAUCUCUUUCCGUACGUGAUGGCGGGGAAGACCGGAUAUGGCUAGGAGCAGAUGAUACGUUAGGGCCUCGCUUUUUAUACGAAAGUGAAGAAUCUACCACCACCACGGUCACCGUCACAGAGGAACGUCCUAUAUGGAGCCGGAAAUGGUUCCGUUUUGACAAGUCUCGUCCUAGCGACACUGUGUCUUCGGAUAGCAAAUCCUUCAUCAAUGCGCCACGAGAAGCGAGUGAUGAUGACAAGUCCACUACUUCAACCGACAAAACCUCCAAAGCCUCUAGUAUCAUGGGUAUGGCUGGUACGGUGGCCACGGCAGCGCUUUCGGCCGUUGGCCUGAAAUCGGACACGUCUUUGAACAACAGCCCUGUCAUUGACGACACCAAGGACGACCACCCUGCCCAAGAUCUUUAUAAGAACGACCUCUCUAUCGAUGACCUUCCUAAUGAUCUCUCUGUUGAGGUUCUUUCAAAGCACAACCGCCUUACAGAAGAGGUUUCCAGAAAUGAGCGGGCCAAAGAAGAGUCACCCAAAUUAAAAUCAUACAACAGCCAUAGUAGCAUUCCCCCUCGUUCAAGUCGGACCCUGUCCAGCGAUUACAUUCGUGUCCCGGUGGAAUAUUCCUCCAUUGUUCCCAACCUUGAAGCCAUUGCCACGGCCAAGUCACCGGUAUUUGAAGGGACGAAUGCUGCCAAUACCUACUUUUUCGAAAGUCGGCCGAAUUCAAUGACAGAAUCUCGUACCACAAAGGUCAGAGAUGAUGAUCUUAGCUCCGAAUCAUCCUAUUCUACAGCUAUUGGGUUGGAAGCAUUUUCAUCCCCAGCCUCACUCGAUCGUGCGUCGCUCGUCAUGACCAUACCAGAGGAUGACCUACUCGACCUCGAUGCAGCCACGCCUACUCCGUCGGAUGAGAAAGUUCUGGAUAGUUAUACAGCGGAUGCCGAAGAAAGCAGCGAUGACGACAACGAAACCAAGGUGGAGAAAAAUGAUGAUGCAAGCGACGAAGAAUCAAAGGCUGGAGAUCAAUUAAUUGAAGGCAAUGACGGUCUGCAAUAUCCUCGUAUUGACUAUGUGCUUAACGAGACGGUCAUUGAUGCCUAUGCUUCCGAAUGGAUUGUUGCUAUGAAGAGUCACUUCAAAUACUGGGCCAACCGUGACUUGACCUAUCAUAUUAUCAAAACCCUUGUCGGCGAUGACUAGGAUGCCGUUGUAAUAUAUCUCAUUGAAAAACCAUAACCCAUCCCACUUUUUCAACAUCCAAGUUUUGCAUAAAACCCAUCCCCAAGCCACCAUGGAUUUUUACCGGGUUUGCUUCCAUAACCCCGGCUUUACCCUAUAAUAAAAAAAACACUUUUUCAUAAAAAAAAAAAAGAAAACCAUCCUACCAUGCCAUUGUACGUUUGCGC